AUGAGUACUCCCAAGUACUUCACGCGCCUCCUCGGCACCAAAGUCACUGUUGAUGAAUGGCCGCCACCUUCUACUGGCGCUGCGAAGGAGACGUGGGAAAUGACUGAAAUGACCAAAGAGGUCUUUGCCCCCGUUCAUGCAAGCAGUACAGUCAAGGGUAUGCCACCAGCGCUCGCUAUCGGGACCUUUAAGUGUCGCUCCUCCGCCAACGACAAGAGGCUGGCGAUCAUGAGGGUCUACAAACAGAUCCCCUUUGCUGGAUCUGAGUAUUAUGACCCUGAGGAUCGGAAGAAUCAAGCCGUUGCCCCCUAUGAACCGAAAGAGUUGACUGCUCUUAAGGCGUUCAAGACAGCAGGCUGCCACGCAGUACCCGAAUUGUUAGGCUAUCAGCUCGCUAAACAAAACAUGAUGGCGAAUGUCCCAGAAGGUUGCCUAAUGUAUUUGGUGUGGCAAAAGGUUCCCGGGGAGUCCCUCGAUGAGGAAGACUUCUGGGCAGCCCCGUUGGCUACCCGAGACCUAAUUCGAGCCCAAUUUCGGUCUAUUUAUCAGAGCCUAAUUGAUGCUAGUCUUUAUGUUCCAAUGAGUUGCGGAACUACCAAGAUCAUCUACGACUGGAAAACGAACCACAUGAACAUCAGUGGGUUCUUACAGGUGAUCAAGCUCGAAGCUACCGAAGAAUGGACCGACACUCUCUUUGUGAUCUUUGGCCUCGUUUCAGCGAGUAAGACGGAGGAACGCUACUUUCGAAUCCGCGCAACUGAUACGUACCACGACAAAAAUGGACGGAGAUGGUGA